CAUACAGCUGCUCUGAGUCCCCUUCGGGGUGAGAAGGGUGGGAUAUAAAUGUAGUAAAUAAAUGCAGUAAAUAAAUAAUUAAUUUUAGACUUGAGCUUGGCCAAAGUCUGAAAUGAUUUGAAGGCACACAACAACAACAAUCCUAAUUAACUUGACUAUCUUAUUGGCUAGAAGCAGGCCCACACUUUCAAUUGAAAUUCUGAUAGGUUUAUGUUGGUUAAAAUUGUUUUCCUUUUAAAAUAUUGUAUUGUUCUUUCAUUACUGUUGUUGCUGUUUUGAACAACAAUCAAAAUAAGACAUGUGCAGUGUGCAUAGAAAUUUGUUCGUAUUUUUUUUCAAAUGAUAAUUCGGCCCCUCAACAGUCCGAAGGCUUGUGGACCAGGCCUCUGCUUCAAAAGUUUGAGGACCCCUGAUCUAGACACUAGACUCCUAUUUAUUAAGGCCUAAAUCCCAUUAGCUUUUUUAACUACCGCAUCACAUUGUUGGCUCAUGUUUAACUUGUUCCCCACAAGGACUCCAAGAUCAUUUUCACACAUAUUGCUGUCAAGCCAGGUGUCCCCCAUUCUGUACCUUUGCAUUUCAUUUUUUCUGCCUAAGUGGAGUAUCUUGCAUUUGUCCCUGUUGAGCUUCAUUUUGUUAGUUUUGCCUAAUCAUCUCUCUAAAGUGUCAAGAGUAAGUUUUGAAUUCUGUUCCUGUCUUCUGGUGUAUUAGCCAUCCCUAAUGGAGAUUAGGAAGUGGUUUUGCCCAGGUUGCAUAACGUGAGUUUCUCCUUUUUGAUUAAAAUGUGCUGUAGUUGUAGAGCCUUCUUCCAGUCCUAAAUACUGAUCUGGAGAGUAAGAUGUGCUGAGGACAACUGUUUCAAGACAAGCAGGACAACGCCAUCAAGGUCCUUAAGCAAGCAGUAGAGAUAUAAGAGAUUGAAGUUCUAUCCAGAAGAGAACAUAAAAGAAGAAAAGAAAAUAGAGAUGCAUUACCUCCUUGAAAUCUUGGUUCUCAGGCUUCUUUCAAUUGGUCUCUUUUGGGAGGGUGGACAGUGUGACAUAAAACUAUAUACGCUUUAUGUCCAACCUGUGACAGUCCAAGAGGGACUCUGUGUCUUCAUCCCCUGCAACUUCACUUAUGACCCAAAUGAUGCCCGAAGCACUUCCAAAAUGUAUGGAUACUGGUUCAAGGGAAGUUGUUUUGAGUCGCUUUCUUUAGUGGCCACCAAUGACCCAAACAAAACUAUAGCAGAAAAUGCUCGAAAUCGCUUUUUUCUUUCAGAGGAAGUGGAAGAAGGCAACUGUUCUCUUGUCAUCAAUGAUGCCCAAAAUAAUGAUGGAGGGAACUACUGCUUUAGAAUAGAGAAAGAUCCUAAAGCAAAGUUUAAUUUCCGGAGCGAACUGCAAGUGAAUGUAAAAGAACUGCAAGAUCCAGCAAUAGAGGUUUCUGGGAAUCUUCGGGCAAACCAUCCUGUAAACAUCACUUGUACAGUCCCGGGAAGUUGUGUCUUGAAGCCUCCACAUAUCUCAUGGAAGAUGAUGUUUAGACAUUUCACACCAAGGACCUCUGAAAGGCGACCCCAGGUUUACACCUCUGUGCUUGACUUUAUUCCCUCAGCAUCAGACGAUGGGCAGAAAAUCACCUGUGCUGUCCGCUAUGGAACAGGAACCAGCCAAUUCUACAGAGAAAGAACUAUCAAUCUGAACGUCCGAUACCCACCACAAAUCGUAGGCAUCACCAGUGAAAUUAUGGAAUCAAAGAAAGAUUUGACAAGCUUCACAGAUGUCACUGAUAGCACUCAGAUUGUGGCACUGCACUGCAAGGCAAAGGGGAACCCUUCACCCAAUGUCACUUGGGUGGAGGAAACACAAUCCUUGGGAAAAUUUCAUCUCAUAAGAGGCAGUGAAUGGAAGUUUCCUCGUGUACAGAUACAACAUACAGACACAUACAAGUGUCGCGCAGAAAACAGCGAAGGCGUUACUGAGAAAACCUUCUGGUUUGCUGUAACAGAGGUCCAAGGUGAACCUACAGCACCAGGAUAUUUCGGCUCUAUUGUUCCAUUAUUGCUAGUCCUCUGCCUAAUCAAAGCGCUGCUGUGUUUCUUCUUCUUUAUCUCCAUCAUUUCGCUUUUCACUCAACGGAAAGCUCAAGUAAUGAAAAGAUUAACCACAGACAUUAAGAAGAUGCAAGCUGCUGUGCCUCCUGAAAAAGAAGAAACAAAGAGCAACAAUGACAGUACAAUCUGCCAGGCUUUAGUACAGCAGGUUAAACCACAAGCUGCAGUAAAUCUUGUCAAUCAAAAGGUUGAUAGUUCAAAGCUUGAGUCAGGGUGAGCUCCUGGCUUUUAGUUUAGCUUCUGCCUACCUAGCAGUUGGAAGGCAAAAUGUGAGUAGAUAAAUAGGUACCCCUUUAAAAUGGGGAGGUAUUAAGGCAUCCAUAAGGAAAUGCCAGAAAAAUGCUGACGAUUCAAUCAAGGAGGAAGUUUAUGAGCAAAGCUCUUCGGCAGGGAGAUGGAGCGACAGCACUCCUCCAUUGCUGAAACCGAGCACAAGCCUCCAAGAUGUCAAAGAUGGAAAAAACCUAUAUAUACCUCUAUUCUAUGUACAAUUGUAUGUUUUGUCAAUACAGUAGAGUCUCACUUAUCCAACACUUGCUUAUCCAACGUUCUGGAUUAUCCAAGCCAUUUUUGUAGUCAAUGUUUUCAAUAUAUCAUGAUAUUUUGGUGCUAAAUUCGUAAAUACAGUAAUUACUACAUAGCAUUACUGCGUAUUGAACUACUUUUUUUGUCAAAUUUGUUUUAUAACAUGAUGUUCUGGUGCUUAAUUUGUAAAAUCAUAACCUAAUUUGAUGUUUAAUAGGCUUUUUCUUAAUCUCUCCUUAUUAUCCAACAUAUUCGCUUAUCCAACGUUCUGUCGGCCCGUUUAUGUUGGAUAAGUGAGACUCUACUGUAUAUAAAUUGCAUUGAAUGUGUGUUCUGUGAUCCGCCCUUUAGGAUGAGAAAGGCAGAAUAUAAAUACUGCAAAUAAAUUAAUAAACAAACAAACCAGAAUUUGAGGAAUUUCUGUUACCCAGUCCCCAAACUGCCCUAUUACUGGCCAACAGAUGGACUUCAUUUGGCUAUGACAAAUAUUACAUAUAAUUCUCUCAGUUUGUAUUUUAAAUAAAAGCAUUUGGUAGAAUUAGAUUUAUCACAGAAAAAAGUUCAGGAAUGGAAAUUAAUGGUGAAAUGUGUGUGGAUCUUUAUGCAU